GCUACAUCACACCCGCCACACACAGAGAGAGAGAGAGAGAGAGAGAAGGGAGUGGUCAUACACAGGGCCAUCAACAGGAAGAAAACAGAACACAAAGAACCUAGGACAAAGUGCUGGACUGAAUCCUCUGUUCAUUCUUUGUGCUGAAUUCUGGAAUUUCAGGAGGUUCUAGAAUUCCUUAAUUGAGUCAUAUCCUCAUUUCUCCAGGUAGAUCAGGUGUAUAAGAGAGACGCCCCCAGGAAGCCAGCAUGUCGAUGGGCAUGGAGAUUGUGGGCAUCGCCCUGGGAGUCAUAGGAUUCAUCCUGGGCAUCGUGGUCUGUGCUUUGCCCAUGUGGAAGGUUACAGCCUUCAUCGGAGCCAACAUCAUUACAGCCCAGACCAUCUGGGAAGGGUUAUGGAUGAACUGUGUGACCCAGAGCACGGGACAGAUGCAGUGUAAGAUCUAUGACUCCAUGCUGGCCUUACCUCAGGACCUUCAGGCUGCCAGAGCCAUGACUGUCAUCGCUAUUGUCCUGGGGAUUCUAGGGGUGAUGGUCUCCAUCGUCGGAGCCAAGUGCACCAACUGCAUCGAUGACGAAUCCUCCAAAGCUAAAGUCAUGAUCAUCUCCGGAAUCUUCUUCAUCCUGGCCGGUAUCCUCGUCCUCAUCCCUGUCUCCUGGUCGGCCAACACCAUCAUCCGAGACUUCUACAACCCCCUUUUGGUCGAGGCCCAGAGGAGGGAGCUGGGAGCCUCACUCUACAUCGGCUGGGGGUCGGCGGCCCUGCUCCUUAUUGGAGGAGCCAUGCUGUGCUGCUCCUGCCCCCCCAGGGAGGAGAAGAGGUACAAGCCCCCCCGCAUGGCCUACUCCGCCCCUCGCAGCGUGAGUGGGGGCGCAGCGGGAUACGACAAGAAAGACUACGUCUGAGAGGGACUAUUUCACCUGCAUGAUUGAACGAGGGGAGAAAAGACAGACAGACAGACAGACAGACAGACAGACAGACAGACAGACAGACAGACAGACAGACAGACAGACAGACAGACAGACAGACAGACAGACAGACAGACAGACAGACAGAUAGAUAGAUAGAUAGAUAGAUAGAUAGAUAGAGAGGGACUAUUUCACCUGCAUGAUUGAACGAGGGGAGAAAAGAUAGAGGGCGAGAAAAAGAGUGAUAGAGGAGAAGUAGACAGACAGACAGACAGACAGACAGACAGAUAGAUAGAUAGAUAGAUAGAUAGAUAGAUAGAUAGAUAGAUAGAUAGAUAGAUAGAUAGAUAGAUAGAUAGAUAGAUAGAUAGACAGAUAGAUAGAUAGAUAGAUAGAUAGAUAGAUAGAUAGAUAGAUAGAUAGAUAGAUAGAUAGAUAGAUAGAUAGAUAGAUAGAUAGAUAGAUAGAUAGAUAGAUAGAUAGAUAGGAGACAACUCCUACUGAAAAGACUCCGAUAUGAAGGGAUGUGUGUUUUAAUGUUAGUGCUUAGCUUUUCCUCCGCUUGGGUGUCUCUGUUCAGCGUCAUUGUUCAGCUUCAUAUAGGCUUGUGUGAAGUUUGGUCGAGGCUGUCAGACCCAGAUGCUGUACAUACAAUCCCAAAGGGGUAGGUUGACUACUGGUAAUGACUGGUUUUAUGAAAUAGUUUCAAUUCUAGUUGUUAUUCACUCAUUUCAAACUUCAGAUGAUAAACCAAAGCUAUUUUGUUUCAGCAAACCGUACAGUUGAAGGGUCUUGGUUUUCAAGUACUUGGGAGAACUGCUUCAGUUACACAGCAUGCGGGCUCAUAUUUCUACUGCAGUGUGGAGGUCCCUAUUGCGUGUGUCAUUUACUGUUGGCGAGGUGGGGUUUUCUUUCACUGAAACGUUCAGUUUAAAAAGUUUCACUGUGUCUCAUUAACACAGACCAGGAAGGACCAGCACUGUUUUUACGUAGAUUAGGCAAUGAGUUUCAGUAUGUGUGUGUGUGUGUGUGUGUGUGUGUGUGUGUGUGUGUGUGUGUGUGUGUGUGUGUGUGUGUGUGUGUGUGUGUGUGUGUGUGUGUGUGUGUGUGUGUGUGUGUGUGUGCGCGCACAUGCGUGUGUGCAUCUUUUGCAUGUAUUUGGUUGUGAGAGAUUCUGUCUCAGGUCAUGAUAUCAUAGAUUCCUUCCUUUUCACAGUUCCACUCUAUUUAGGCAUUUCCCUGUGGGUGUGUGUGCGCACAUCUGUGUGCGUUUGUGUGUGGUGAAAUAAUAUUUGUUUAGUAAAAAAUAAAUACAAAUAAUUAAUAGCUUUUUAAUGCUGAAAAUGCUUUUUGUCAGAUUUUUGUCUUGUAAAUAGUAAGACAUGUGUAGUGUCAUUUGUAAAAGAAUGAGACUAUGUAUAGACUAAUUAUAGUUAGGAGAGUGAUGGUAAAGCAGGACCAUCGUCUGAGGUGACGAAUGGAGUCAGUCAGUCUCCUGUUUAACAAAGCAACUGUAAGAACUGUUUGGUGAGCAGGGAGUAGUACUGUGUGUGUGUGUGUGUGUGUGUGUGUGUGUGUGUGUGUGUGUGUGUGUGUGUGUGUGUGUGUGUGUGUGUGUGUGUGUGUGUGUGUGUGUGUGUGUGUGUGUGUGUGUGUGUGUGUGUGUGUGUGCGUGCGUGCGUGCGUGCGUGUAUUUGUACAUAGAGGGUGAGAGACUACCUAAUAAAAGGCAUGUGUGUCUAAGGUCUUCAUUUUCAACUGCAGGCAAGCAGUCAGGUUUACCUAGAAACGCCCAUAUAACCACAAUGGACAGCUUCAGUUGUUUAUUUCAAAUAAGUCAGCCAUUUUAGUUUUUUAUGUAAAACACAAUGACUAGUUUCAAUACUUAUUGUUUGAUGGAAUGUGUAUCCUGUAAAUUGUCUUUAUAUACGUAUAUGUUAAGACAACAAUGCUUGAAUGAUGUCGUGUUUUACAAUGGUCUGCUUGUCUCUGCAUAUUCAGCUGUCCUUUACUAUGCUUCAAUAAAUGUGAAAAUGUA